AUGGGGCACUCUGCAGCGGUUUGGGAUUCCAGGUUGGCCCUCGAAAGGACAAAAGACUGGAAUGGAAUCGAGCAAAUCGUGCUUCGGAAUCCACAAGGAGCUUCAGCUAGAGUUAGCUUGCAUGGAGGUCAGGUGAUUUCAUGGCGAAAUGAACGAGGUGAAGAACUUUUGUUUACAAGUAGCAAGGCAAUCUUUAAGCCACCAAAGGCAAUGCGAGGAGGCAUUCCGAUUUGUUUUCCUCAGUUUGGUAAUUGUGAUUCACUUGAGCAACAUGGAUUUGCAAGAAACAAACUUUGGACGGUUGAUGAUGAUCCUCCGCCACUUCCCGCCAACGAUUCCCAUGGCAAAUCUUUUGUCGAUUUGCUACUCAAACCGUCCGAAGAAGAUCUCAAAUUUUGGCCACACAGCUUUGAGUUUCGUCUUAGAGUUGGCCUGGGGAUGGAUGGGAAUUUAUCGUUAACAUCUCGUAUUAGGAACGUGAAUGGGAAGCCUUUCAGUUUCUCGUUUGCUUACCACUCGUAUCUCUCUGUUUCUGACAUCAGUGAAGUGAGGAUCGAAGGGCUAGAAACAAUGGACUACUUUGACAACCUUUUUAAAAGAGAACGAUUUACAGAACAAGGAGAUGCUAUUACUUUUGAAUCCGAGAUUGAUCGUGUUUAUCUUAGUUCUCCAAAUUGUGUUGCUGUACUUGAUCAUGAAAGGAAGCGAACGUAUGUGUUGAGGAAGGAAGGGCUACCGGAUGUGGUGGUGUGGAAUCCAUGGGAAAAGAAAUCAAAAGCAAUGACGGAUUUAGGAGACGAUGAGUACAAGCAAAUGCUAUGUGUGGAUGGUGCAGCGAUAGAAAAGCCGAUUACAUUGAAGCCUGGAGAAGAAUGGACGGGUCGUUUGGAAAUUACGGUUGUGCCAUCGAGUUUUUGCAGCGAGGAUCUCUGAUUUUCAGUUGAGGUGCCUCCGCAUAAAGAUAUGAUAAAAUCUUUUAUUUCGGGUUUCUUCUUUUCUUAUAUGCAAGUAGAUUUUAGGUGUUGUUUUAUUUAGUGUUUAAGCAUAUCGUGUAAUGUAAUAUGUGUUGAGGAUAAUGACAUACUAUAAUCACAUCCAAAUGUGUUAUCUUAACUGGUG